GCAGUAACCAGCCCUUGGUGUGACUCAUUGAACGUAGCCCCAAAAAAUGAUCUUGUGAACAUGCAGAGGUUCUGGUGGCCCGGCUAUGAAAUGCAGCUUCUUGAACAGCUGCAGACGCAACAAAACCUUGCCCAGUUCUGUGAUACCCUCCUGCAAACUGAAGGUAUCGCCAUCCCAACCCACAGCUGUGUCCUCGCCGCCCUCAGCCCUUACCUGAGCCAGAGGUUGUCGGACUCUCCCUCCCCUCCGUUGGGGCAGAAGCGCCUGCUCCACCUGCAGGAGGUGACGGCCCACACCUUACUGAAGCUCGUCGGACUCCUGUACUCCGGGCGGCUGGAAGUCAAAAGCAGCAAGGAGCAGAACGACGUUCUGGCCGCUGCCCACAAGUUUGGAAUCUCUGACCUCGUGUUGGGAUGCAGAGAUGGGGAGAGGAAAGGCGCAGAGCUGCUGGAACGAGGGCAGAGGUGUCACACCGGAGAAGGCACAGAGCCGCGCAAAGGGAUGGAAAUGCAGGAUGCACAGGUUGAGAGUGAGAUAAGUGGAAAGAUGGAGAAUGAUUGUCUUGUUCAAAGGAAAAGCUUUUUAUCUGUUGGGACACAAACUGUAAACAGUACUCUGAUAUCUGUGGCCAGUCCUGGUCCUCUUUCUGAUCAAAUGCCGCCUCCAACUGUAGAAACAGCAUUUUCUGCCUCGCCGCUACCUCAAAACCUCCCCAAGUUUUUGCUCUCUCCUUACCUAACCGUCCACAGCGAGCCAGAGUCUACAGCUGGACAGUCCUCUGACUACUUAACACACUCCUCAUCCUUCUCAGCUUCAUCCAGGUACAGAGGGACGGUGCUACCGGUCGCCAACGACGAUGCCGGUUCACCAGCAUCUCAUGAAAAGAACAUUUCCAGACAGUUGGUGGAGCGAGAGAGUUCAGGACAGGAAGAUGGAAACGCGACUCUGGAUGGAGGGAGUUGUGCUCAGCCAAGAGGAGUCUGCAGGGAAACGAUACGGGGAGAAGAGAAGGAGAAGAGCAACUCAAAUUUUAGAAGAAGCGGAAAGAACCUGGACAGGAUGAAAGAGGUAGAGCAGAUGAUGGACUCUGCACAGAUUUCUGUCAAGGUGAAACUGAGGAGGAGGACUAAAGGAGAAGAGUGGGAGAUCGUGGAAGAUGUGGAUGAAACAGCAUUUUUUCCUACCAACCCGAAUCCGAGUUGCUCCAACCAGAAACCCCCUCAAUCUGCUCCUAAAGUUGUCCACACCCCUGCUCACUCUGUCCAUCCGGUCCAGAAGCCAGAGACCCUGAAGGUCCAGCCUGCCUACGCCUCCUCCCCCCAGCCUCUGAAACAAGCCAACACCAGCUCGGACUCGGAGGCGCGCUCCAGCGGCUGGCUCUCUCUGAGCCGCAGCAGCGAGCUGGAGUCCGAGGGUCGCACGCCGCUUCAGGGUCCCACGGAGGAAUCCGAUGAGAAGAUAGACAAGCUGCUGGAGAACAUCAUAAUGAGCAUGAGCAUGCUACCGGACCUGGGCAGGAGCUGCAGGAAGACACAUGUGAACCACGACGACGUGCCAAACUUCUGCCAGGUCCCUGGUGCAGAGAGCGGGGCGGGGCCCACUGCGCCGCUCUCCGACGUCUGCGCAGAGGAGUGUGUUUUCUACCAAGACCUGGGGAGGCAGGGGAGCCACUCAGACACGGACACAGGGCUCCAUUACUGUUUUGGAGCUCAGAACCAACCUGGCUACACAAACCCCUCAGCUGCACACACUGCUCUGCAGACAGAGCAACCACAGCACUCAGAGUUUAGAUCCUUUGGACCGAUGGACGGGCUGAGCUGGACCGGAGGAGAGAGCUCCCCGUAUCCCGUUUCGUAUUUCUCCAGCGGGCAGAAACUUCACGACUUGAUGCUGCAGCAGCCAUUCUGCCAGGAAGACCAAAACAUCGAGUUUUUGUCUCUCUCGCAUGAGAGCGACACGCAGUCAGCCGAUGCGUUUUCCCUGCCAACCAUGGAGGACUUGAGGCUGCCACCAUGUCUCUCCCCGUUAGUGCCCUCUGCAGGUCACCAGCAGCCCGACACCAGCGUCUCGGGCCGGAUGGAAAACGAUGUUCAAAGUCUGCCCUGGCUCACAAAGAACGCCUGCAUGCUGACAUUUCCGCUCAACGCCAUCACAGCGGGUAAAACUGAGCUGCUGGUAACGGGCAGCAGCUCACAGCAGUCGCAAAGCUUCAGGAAGCUCACGCUGAAGAACGAAGGACGGGCAGGCCCUGCGACGAGUGUGAGACAGAGAGAAAUAAAACCCAUACGAGAGAGAAAAACCAACACCAUGAAGAGGAAGAAAAACAAACACGAUGCUGCAGAAGACACGGCACCGCCCAAGAGGAAAAGAAGGCGGCGACCGGAUUCUUGGAGAGAGUUGGCGAAAGUUUCAUCCCUGGACCCAGAAGUCAGAAAUGCAGCAACGACAGUUUGUUCUGUGAGUUUGUCAUGUAACAACGUUCUGAUGAACCAGAGAGAAAUUGGCAUCAGCUCCUUAAACAAACCCCCGUCAGCAUCAUCAGCCACCGGCAGCGAGAAAUCCAGAGCACCCGGUACGCUCUGCACCAAACAGCCGCGGAUCAGAACCAGGGGCUUCGUUAAGCAGUCUGAGCGCGGCACGAGCAACGCCGUCUCAGAUAAGUGCUGCGUUUUAAUCCCGGUGAUCCGCCGGCCCGUCAUGGUGCACAAACAAGAUCCAGGCGUGACCAAGAGGAGACGUGGGAGACCGCCUAAAAUAAAACUUGAGAAUUUUCCAGAAGAUGCCGGCGCCAUCGUUGAGAUCAAGGGUCAGAUUGAGGCCGUCGAGGAAAUAUCGGAGAAGGAAUCGCCAGUGGUAGACAUAAAAUGUGGAAAGCCGAUGAGCAGUGCAGGCGAGGGAGAGUCGAGGCAGCUGGAGAGGACCGCUAGUGAUGAGAGCUCUGGAAAAAACAAAACUGACAACAUGAAAAGUGGUGAACCACAGAAGCAGUCGUGGAUGGUGACUCUGAAGGAGUUCCAAAAACUGAUUAAACGCAAACACUCCAAAACAAGGAAAGGGACUGAAGUCCAAGGCAGAAACAAACCUGCGGAUGUUGGAGAAUUAGAAAAGCAGGCAGAAAUAGACAAGAGUGGCGUCUCAGAGACUCACCGCCGGGUGCUUUUUGAUGCUACAGUUGAUGAAAAUCACAACCAGCUUCCCAACACAUCGGCAGCUGCGUGCAAAACGAGUCUUCAGGAUGUGAUGGGCAACUCAGAGGCCAGGAAGAGCUGCGGUUCAGACGAGGGGGACAAACCGGCCUCUUCCUGCGACGUCCUGGAAGAGAAGAAACGGUCUGCUACAAGUCUUGUUGAAGGUGCAGAUGGCGGCAGCACUUUGUCCGGCUGCAAUGGGAAAGAGGAGGACGAAGAGGUGGACGUCAUACUUUACUCUCCUGACAAAUUUUCAACCAGAGAGUUAGAAGAAAGGGUGGUCGUCAUUCCAGAUGAAGAGGAGGAGGACGAGGAUGUUAUUGAAAUAGAUGUGAUAGGAGAUGAAGGAGAAUAAUGCUUAGUUAUGUUUUGUUUUUUGUUUUUUUGUUUUUUUACCAUGUUUGUUCAGCACUUUUAAUAGUUACAUAUUUUUAUAUAAUUUUUGGAGUUCAUUCGUUUCUAUCUGGAAGAUGCUUAUUUUUAUUGAAUCAAAAUUUAGUUUUCCACCAGAUUUAGUUAGAAAUGUACAGUUCGAGUGGCAGGUGUUUACAUUUUUGUAUUAACAAGCAGGAGGAAGGUUCUCACUGUUGUUUAUAUUUUUCAAAUAAAUUUGACUAAUUUCUGAGAAAAAAAAUAGAAGCUAUUAAGUUGAAAACAUUCCUAUGUGUAAAAUAUAAUGUUAUGUUAAUUAAAACGUUGUUU